UUGAAAAUUUGGAAAAUGUCUCAACACCAUCACCAGCGCCACUCGGGAGUCGUUUCUAGUUCACCAGUUGAUACUACAUUGGUGGGAUUUUGCCCAACAUUCAAGAAAUUUAAGAGGAAUGAUGAUGAAUGUCGGGCAUUUGUGAAGAGAGUCAUAAUGAGCCGUUUCUUUAAGAUAAUUAUGAUUAGCACUGUCACAUCGAAUGCGUUUUUUAUGGCCUUGUGGACCAGUUAUGACAUAAGGUACCGCUUGUUCAGACUUCUUGAGUUCUCGGAGAUCUUCUUUGUGUCCAUCUGCACAUCUGAGUUGUCCAUGAAGGUCUAUGUGGACCCCAUCAACUACUGGAAGAACGGCUACAACCUGCUGGAUGUGAUCAUUAUCAUCAUUAUGUUUUUACCCUAUGCCCUCCGCCAGCUCAUGGGCAAACAGUUCACUUACCUGUAUAUCGCUGAUGGCGUGCAGUCCCUGCGCAUCCUCAAGCUUAUCGGCUAUAGCCAGGGCAUCCGGACGCUGAUCACCGCCGUGGGGCAGACAGUCUACACCGUGGCCUCUGUGCUCCUCCUGCUCUUCCUCCUCAUGUACAUCUUCGCUAUCUUGGGCUUCUGCCUGUUUGGAUCUCCAGACAAGGGUGACCAUGAUAACUGGGGGAACCUGGCUGCAGCUUUUUUCACCCUCUUCAGCUUGGCCACGGUUGAUGGCUGGACAGACCUGCAGAAGCAGUUGGACAAUCGGGCAUUUGCUUUGAGCCGGGCAUUCACCAUCAUCUUCAUCUUGCUCGCCUCUUUCAUCUUCCUCAACAUGUUCGUGGGUGUGAUGAUCAUGCACACAGAGGACUCCAUCAGAAAGUUUGAGCGAGAGCUGAUGUUGGAGCAGCAGGAGAUGCUCAUGGGAGAGAAGCAGGUGAUUCUGCAGCGGCAGCAGGAGGAGAUCAGCAGGCUGAUGCACAUACAGAAAAAUGCUGACUGCACAAGUUUCAGUGAGCUGGUGGAGAACUUUAAGAAGACCUUGAGCCACACUGACCCCAUGGUCUUGGAUGAUUUUGGCACUAGCCUACCCUUCAUCGAUAUCUACUUUUCCACUCUGGACUACCAGGACACAACUGUCCACAAGCUUCAAGAGCUGUACUAUGAGAUCGUGCAUGUGCUGAGCCUAAUGCUGGAAGACUUGCCCCAGGAGAAGCCCCAGUCCUUGGAAAAGGUGGAUGAGAAGUAGCUGGGCAUGGGGCACCCAUGUGCCGAGAGCCUAGUAGACCAUGACAGGUCCCUAUUAAACACAGGCUUUCUGA